AUGGAAAUGUUCGACAUUCUAUCAAUCUUGCUGGUCCUUCUCAUUAUCUAUAUUUCUCAUUUCUAUUACAAAUACUUUACUCGCGAAAAUCCUCUUCCCGGUCCUACUCCUCUUCCCUUAUUUGGCAAUCCUUCUCUAAUUUGGGGCGAUAUAUCUGUGUGGCCAACUAAAUUUCAAGAGAAAUAUGGAGACUUUUAUGAAACUUACUUGGGCUCCAGACGACUAAUCUGGCUUUGCAGAGAAGAUUUGAUUCAGAAAGUGAUGAGACACGAUAACUUUCAUGAUUUAGCGAGAGCGGAUAAUGAUGGCCUUAAAGAAAUUGGAGUGUUGGAUUCGGGAACUGUAUUCAACCAGAAUUAUCAAGCCUGGGAAUAUCACCGAAGGUUUUAUACGAGAACACUAUUGAACAAAUCAUUUGUUAUUCAAUCACUGGAAAGCGUUCGGAAAAAUUUCGAGGUAAUGGAAGGUUAUUGGGAACAGCUCGGAGAAAAAACUGUCUUGGAGUUUCCGGAAUGGUCGAAAAGAUAUUUCACGGAUAACAUAUUCUCUAUAAUUGCCGGUAAAUCGGUUAAUUCAAUUGAUAGCUAUUACGAUAGCGUAUCAACUGGUAAAAAGGCAGAUAUAUCUGAUGGAAUCUUAAGAGAAAGUGACGUUUUUAUAGAUGCUGUCAAUAAAUUUGUUUCCGGCCUUGUAUACUUCUUGCUAUUCCCAAAGUUUAUUCGAGAAUUCCCGGGAAUCAGAGGAUUCACCCAUGGAUUGAAAGAGAAAAUAGAUUGGUAUAGGAGGAGUAUCCUUCAUAUCAUCAAGGAGAGAAGAAAAGAGAUUGACGAAACACCAAAAGAUCAAGAAUUAUCUCAUGACUUAUUAACAAUGUUCCUCACCAUAAAUACUCCACGUGAUAUUACCGAGAAAAUUGUGGAUGGUCUACACGAUCAACCGAUGUCUGACAAAGAAAUCUGUGGAAAUAUGAUGGAAGCUAUAGCAGGUGGAAUCGAUACGGCAUCAAAUACUCUCUGCUUUGUGGUUCACUACAUAUCUCAUUAUCCAAAAGUUAGAGAACGGUUGAUAGACGAGAUCAAUCGAGUCUUGGGAAAAGAUCCUAACCACAAAAUUACUUAUGAAGAAGUGGAGAACCUUGAAUAUUGCGAUGCCAUAAUUAAAGAAUGUUUUCGAAUAUUCUCCACGGUUCCCAUUAUGUUUAAAAAAAACAACAAUCCUGAUAUAAUUGGCGGUAUAAAAUUUCCUGCAAACACUCAAUUCUUUAUUAAUUUACAAGGAAUUCAUAAUCACAAAUCUUCAUGGACGAACCCGGAAGAGUUUAAUCCAGAAAGGUUUAUGGACAAGAGCCACCCGGAUAGUAAAAAACCUCUUUACUCUUUUAGUUUGGGGAAAAGAAUUUGCCCUGGAAAAAAUUUGGCAAUAUUGGAGUUAAAAACUUUCUUGGCUUUAUUAUACAGAAAAUACAACGUCGAGCUAAUAGAUAUGAACGUGCCAAUAAAGUAUCAUAUGACUUCACUUAGAAAUUGCAGUGAACUAAAAAUGCGAAUUAAGAAAAAGAAAGAUUGGUAG